AUGCCCAGAGGAAUCCCAAAUGCGAAAAGAGAUGACACCGGGAUACGAUAUACGACGUUCCAUGUCCCCCUUGCAACCAAUCCCAAGCACCUCGGGUCGACUUAUCUAAAAUCUGAAAACCAAACAUUAUGGCACAGAAAUGCUCAACGGAAGAAACAACCGCAGGAGGAGACUUCGCAACAGCAAGAGAGACGUGGCUCCCAAGUCGUGGUGAUACAUCUCGGUUCACGGUAUCUUCGAGUGGGCAAAGCAUCAGACGUCAAUCCAGUUACAGUGCCAAACGUUGUCGCUCGAAAGACCAAACCUCCAGUUCCACCGCCCUCGUUUUUAGAAGGCGUUUCGCGGUCUCGUAAGACCAGACGGAACAGACGGUCUGAUGUAGAGACUGAAAAGGACGCCGUGUCCUCGCCUUUGGAUGACCCGUUCGAGGAAAAGCUCGCAGCUAUAGUGUUGUCACUUCGGGACAGGAUGCGUUUCUACAAGCUUCGGGUUACCCCAAAUGCCAACAAUAUAGCCACAACCUUCAACGAACAGUUCAGACCUGAAUAUAUUCAAGAGCAUAACGACCCGUACAGGGUAGAUUGGAUUAACGAAAGCGACGAGAAUGUGCUAGUAGGAGAAAAGGCGCUUCGUCUGGCUGAUCCUCAAGCGUCAAGUUAUGUAGCUCGGUGGCCAAUAUAUGGACACAACUUCAACACGAGGGAUUACAGCUCAAAACAGAUGGUCUUGAACGAUAUCGAAACGAUCCUUUGUGCUACUCUGAAGGAACAACUCCGAAUUGACCCCAGUGACUACGGGAAAUAUUCAGUUGUGCUCGUCAUUCCCGACCUAUAUGAUAGGGCCUACGUCCGGGACCUCGUCCACUUGCUUUUGGUAUCGAUGGGAUUCAAACAGUUAUGCGCUCAGCAGGAAUCCCUAGCAGCUACAUACGGAGCUGGAAUCUCGAGUGCUUGUGUGGUGGACAUCGGCGCAAAAAUCACGAGCAUUGCAUGUGUUGAUGAAGGGCUAGUAAUCUCAGACACCCGCAUGACCCUGAACUUCGGUGGCGAUGAUAUUACCGAGCUCUUUUUUGUAUUACUGGAACGCAUCGGCUUCCCAUAUCGAGAGGCUGAUUUGGCUCGAUCGUAUGAUUGGAAUGUUAUAGAUGCAUUAAAGUGCAAUCUCUGCACGUUGUCAGAGGUCGAUGUUGCUUUGAACCUUUACGAUUUCGUGGUUCGCAAACCGGGACAGCCAGCAGAAAAGUAUGGAUUGCGUACUUACGACGAAAUCAUUUUGGCUCCGAUGGCAUUCUUUGAGCCUCGUGUGAUCGAAUUCGAUAGAAAACGGGUUGGUUUUGUGGAUAACCCUAAUCCAGACGUAACAGAGGAAAUUCUUGAACACCCGACUGAUCAUAUCACGUCCGCGAUGAUGAUCUCAACUCAGCAUUUGAUGUCAGUUCCUGAUUCAGCGGUUGGCGAGCAUCCAGAUGAGAAAGACAUCGCUAUUCAGAACGAUAUCCCCAUGGUCGAGAAUGAGAACGCAGUACCUGUUUCUGCCGAAAUGACGGAAACCUCGAUGGAUGCCAUCGAUAUCGAUGACGACAGCAAGUCCUCGGUUGCUCAGCAGAGUCCAUCCAAAAGCGUCACCAAGCCCCCAACUCCAGAACCCUCAACCGAUACUCCUGGAGGCUUUGAUAUAGAUGUUUCUUUUGAAGCCAGUAAAUUACCGCUGGACGUCGCGAUUUACAACAGUGCGAGAGCAGCUGGGGGAGACGAAAAAAUACGUAAAUAUCUUCAAGCCGUUCUCGUGGUCGGAGGAACAGCCAGUAUAUCAGGAAUGGGUCAUGCUCUUGAUAGCAGGUUGCAGGCGAUCUCGACGCCGCUCGUCCUGAACAUGGAAAAGGUACAGAUUAUUCCACCCCCCAAGGACGUCGAUCCGCAGGUUCUAGUUUGGAAAGGAGCAGCAGUACUGGGGAAGAUGGAGGGUGCGUCCGAAUUAUGGAUGACACCUCAGGACUGGGACGUUUUGGGAAUGAGAGGAUUAAAGGAGCGUUGCUUCUAUCUCUAA